AUGAAGCUGUCAAAUCAGUCUGAGGUGCCUGUCUACACCAUCUCCGGCUCGAACACUGCUCGGCCGCUCCCUGAAUGGCUUGCCAGACGGCGAAAGCGCAGUUUGAAAAAUGACCCGGAGUAUGCGAAUCGAGUUGAAUUGCUUCAGGACUUUGAAUUCGAAGAGGCUAGUCAAUGUGUUAGAGUCAGUGAGGAUGGAGAAUGGGUUAUGAGCACAGGAACCUACAAGCCCCAGAUUCAUACCCAUUAUCUUCCCCAACUAUCUCUAUCAUGGGCUCGCCAUACGGUUGCCCUCAACACCACCUUCUUGCUUCUUUCUUCCGACUACUCGAAAUCUCUUCACCUGCAAUCUGACCGUUCUCUCGAAUUCCACACCCCUUCAGGAUGCCAUUAUACAACAAGACUCCCCCGAUAUGGUCGCGACCUUGUUUACCACAGACAGUCAACUGAGGCCUUAGUGCCAUCAGUCGGAGUGAACCAGGAUGGUAUGGGAGAGGUCUUUCGGUUGAAUAUGGAGCUUGGUCGAUACAUGCGAAGUUUUGAAAUUGAUGUUGGCGGCGACGAUUUUACCUCUGCGGGUGGAGGAACUUUACAGGGUGGAAUUAACACAGGUGCUGUGAAUACGGGAGCAGUCGCGGAGGAAAGUCACAACCUUCUCGCUUUCGGAACUACAGCAGGCACAGUGGAACUUUGGGACCCUAGAGCUAAAGGCAGGGCAGGAGUGCUAUCACCGCCAACACAAACUGUGCCGUUUGAUGGAAGGUCUGAGAUUACGGCCUUGGAGUUCCAACGCUCGGGUUUGACGCUGGGUACUGGUUCUUCAAACGGUCUUAUCCACCUUUACGAUCUUCGGUCCCCCGUUCCGCUUCUCAAGAAGGACCAAGGAUAUGGCUUCCCUAUCCACACUUUGAAAUUCCUCCAGCCGUCUACUGCCACACGUGAACAGACUAUGGACCCCAAGAUUCUCUCAUCUGAUAAGAAGAUUAUCAAGAUCUGGGACCCGCGCGAUGGUACUCCUUGGACUUCUGUUGAACCUGCUGUGGAUAUCAAUUCGGUUGAUUGGUGUAGGGAUAGUGGAAUGAUUUUGACAGCGAAUGAAGGGCGACAACAGCACGCUUUCUUCGUACCCCAACUUGGUCCGGCUCCUAAGUGGUGUUCGUUCCUGGAUAACCUCGUCGAAGAGAUGGCAGAAGACCCCAACGACCCUAACUCAUUCGCCACUGGCCAAACGGGCUCUGUUUAUGACAACUACAAGUUCUUGACAGUUCCCCAGCUGCGGACUUUGAACUUGGAGCACUUGAUUGGCAGAACAAACCUCCUUCGACCUUACAUGCAUGGUUACUUUGUGGCCCAGCGGUUGUAUGAGGAAGCUAGGUUGAUUACCAACCCAUAUGUUUGGGAGGAAGAACGUGCGAAGAGAGUGAAGGAGAAGAUUGACAAGGAGCGCGAGAGCCGUAUCAGAGGCAAGAAGAAGGCCGCCGUCAAGGUCAACAAGAGGUUGGCGGAGAGGCUUCUUAAUGCCGAGGAGAAGAAUGAGCGCCGGAGGGCACAGCGUGUGCUGCAGCAAGGAGGUGAUGCAGAGAUGGUCGAUGCACCCGCCACUGCGCCCGCUUCCGAGGAACCCAAGGGUCUACUGGGUGAUAGCCGUUUCACGAAGUUGUUUGAGGAUGCGGAUUUCGCUGUUGAUGAAACUUCUCGAGAAUUCCAGAUGCUCAACCCUAGCACUCUUCCCCAACCUGCUGAAAGGAAGGAAAGAGGCUUGACAGCAGCUGAGCAAGAAGAGGUUGAUGAUGUCCCUGGCUCUAGUUCCGAUGACUCUGAAUCUGAGAGCGAACACGAAAAACCGGCGAAGAACGAAUCCUCCGGCCGAAUUUCCACAUCGUCGUACAAGCGUACAAACCGAGCCCAGCAGCCACGGAUGCAAGUGUCUUCUUCCACGAACACCACCUCUGCCCGUGACCGUUCCUUCGGAUCGCGGGCACAGAACAUGCGAACGAAGCAGAAGCCAGCUCGCCGUGGAGGAGUUGUUGGUGAACAGGCAGUCACCUUCACACCUCACGUCAAGUCGAAGAAGCCCAAGUUCGACCAAGCCCCAGCGCGCUCCGACUCCAACAGCUUCCGAGCCAAGGAGCGACGAAGUGCUUCUGGAAACACUUUCCGAAAAAUGUGA